AUGGGAAGCUUGAGUUCUAUCUUGCGAAACAGCAUUCCUCGCACAGUAUUCGCUCACGCUAAACAAACCCAUGUACAAAUACUCAUCCAUGAUCUCUGUCACGAUGUCACGUUCCAAACAGAUCUCUUGUUGGCUUAUUCUAGAGCGUCUCUACCAAACGCCCGCAAGCUGUUCGACAGAAUGCUCCAAAGAAACAUGCAUUCUUGGAACAUCAUGAUUUCAGCUUACGUUCAAAAUUCUAUGCACGAUAACGCUUUUAGUGUCUUCCAGGAGUUCUUAGACUCAGGUAUGACACCGGACCACUACUCAUUACCUCCGGUACUGAAGGCCUGUACAUGUAUUGGCGAUGUUUCACUUGGUCUGAUUUUGCAUGGUAUGGUGGUUAAACUUGGUUUCGAAAAUUACCUUGUUGUGGGGAGUUCCAUUUUGGAUUUUUACUCCAAGUGUGGGAAUUUAAAAGAUGCGAAAUUGAUUUUUAAAGGGUUGCCAUUGAAAGACUCGGUUUCAUGGAAUUCAAUGAUUUCAGGGCUUUCAAAGGCUGGUUUGCUACUGGAAUCUCUAGAUUGUUUCAGAAACAUGCUUGAAAACAGAAUGAAGAUGGACUCCAUGACAAUUCCAACCCUUUUAAACACUUGUGGGAAAUUAGGCGACAUUACAAAAGGUAAAGAAGUUCAUGGGCAAGUGUUAAAGAAUGCAAAUCUUUACAAUGAUACUGCUAUUGGAAACUCAUUGAUCAAUUUCUAUUCCAAAUGUGGCUGCUUGUGUGAUUCUGAAAGGAUUUUUCAUAACAUGAAAAAUCCCAAUUUAGUGACAUGGACAACAAUGAUAUCUUGCUAUGGACUUCAUGGAAAUGGAGAACAAGCUCUAUGUUUAUUUGAGAAGAUGAAAGAAUCUGGAUUUAAACCAAACAAUGUCACACUCACUGCAAUCCUAGCUAGUUGUAGCCACUCGGGUCUCAUACAUCAAGGCAAAAAGAUUUUUAAUUCUAUAAGAUCUUUAUAUGGUUUUGAACCUAGUGUAGAGCAUUAUGCUUGUUUAGUGGAUCUUUUGAGUCGUGUUGGGUGCUUCAAGGAGGCAGUAGGGUUGAUAGAAAGUAUGAUAAUGGUGCCACCAGCAAGUGUAUGGGGUGCACUUCUGGCUGGUUCUUUGGUGCAUAGAAAUAUUGAGAUUGGUGAAAUGGCAGCUUAUCAUCUCUUUGAAAUGGAACCCAAGAAUGCUAGUAAUUAUACUGCUUUGUGUAGCUUGUAUGAUUCUUGUGGCAUGUGGAGUGAUGCUUCGAGGGUUAGAUUAAAAAUGAGAAGGUUGAGAUUGGGUAAAACUCCUGGAUGUAGUUGGAUUUCGAUUGGGGGAGAAAUGUGUGUGUUUUAUAAAGGAGACUUCACUCGUUCUCUUAGUGAAAAGACUUGUGAAAUGGUCGAAUGGGUUGUUAGAACACUUCCAUUGGUUCAUACAGAAAUAGAGGAUCAAAUGUUUGACACUUGCUAUUAA